AUGCUUGCAAGCGGUUGCCAGGCUUUGACGGAGGUGUUGGAAGAGAUCGAGUACCUUUCUCCUCAGGCCCAGCAGCUGCCGCGCGCGCGGAAUCAGACGAAGGAGCUGCAGCAGUGUCUCAGUGACGCGUGUGGCCAUGGGGAGGCCAUGCUUCGAAGCAAAGCUCAAAGUUCCUCGAGGCUGGCGGAGCUUCGGAGCAUCUUCUCUGACUCAAUCAGUGCUGAGGGGGACGUUCAGCGCGAAGCGCUCAUCGACGGCAUGGCCGCAGAGAACGCAGCGCUGUGGCGCAUG